GAUACAUUAAUUAAUAUACAUUGUAUACAUCAAUUUUAGAUGGACAAAUCCUACCUAAAGGAACAACCCUCAUGAUAUACAUCUACGGAAUCCACAAAGACCCGAACAUUUUUCCCGACCCAGAAAAAUUCGACCCUAUGAGGUUCGAGACCAUGGACAAGACCUCUGCCUUCAUUCAUCUUCCAUUCAGCGCUGGCCCUCGCAAUUGCAUAGGGCAAAAGUUCGCGAUGCACGAGAUGAAAGCCGUAAUAUCCAAGGUUUUGAGGAACUACGAGCUCUUACCAGCUUUCCCCAGACAUAAACCGUUAUUAUCCGUAGAGUCAGUUCUAAAAUCUGCAAAUGGCAUCAAGGUCCAACUAAAACCUAGAAAGUGGGAUUAGUUCGAUGUUAACUAUCUAAUCCAGUUUCCAUCUGUCAAGUAAAAAUUGUAAUUAAAUCUUUGUUUAAGUGUGUGGGAAAAUAAAUUUGAAAUGGAUAACUUUAUAAGGA